GUGAGAAAACGCUGGUAAUGGCACCUAAUAACGGGUUCAGCCCAUCUUCCCACGGUACAAUGAAUCGCCAUUGAUUUGAAAUACAGUAACACCCAAGAAUCCGCAACACUUCAUAUGCGAGAAAACUCAGCUGCAGUUCUCAGUGCUUGACGUUAUACGUAGGGAGGGCGGGAAUGAGGGCAAUUCAAACAAAUGGGAGAGCAAGUUCGGAUGAUGGACAGUUAAGAGCUACCAAUGAGCAUGUGGACAUGCGCUCGCGUGCCGGGGCUACCGUGAACUCAUUGUCGGGGGAAGUUUUGGCGAGUAUGGGGUAAAAAAUCAGGCCGGUAGUGAAUGGCUGGGCGUACACAUUGGGACACCUACUGUACGACUGAGUGAGGCAUGUAUUCCAUCCUUACGUGAAAGGAAAGAAAGGGAAAAGGUGCCUCUCAUAUCUGUCCCUCGGUGAAAGUCUGCAAGUUUCUUUCGGCAGCUGAGUCAUCAGUGAAUCAUGUGGGUGUGAGAAAGAAGUCUGGCUCCACUUCCAUUAAGAAGACUUCAGAAUUCAUGGUGGACUGGCUGCGCAGUGAUCAAUGUCUGCCUGAUCCCAAGAUAAGAGCGGGCCCUCAGGGCCCUGUAAAGAUACCACCCUGUAAAGAUACACUGUCUCCACAAAAUCUUUCAAAUUCACUGGAUUGCUAAGUAAAUUGGCUUUGCCAGCCUCUCAAAGAGCAAAAUCACCACAAAUGAAGCCCAUUUACACAGAGUUUCUUUGGCUGGACAGGCGAUGUUAUCAUGUGUGUGACACCAGGCUCCCAAAAACUGACCCUCUUUUCUGAACCCUGUCACAGGAAAAGAUUCUCAGUGCAAGAUGGGGAAUUCGGACAGCCAGUAUAACCUGCAAGGAACUAAAGGCAACAACACUGAGGGGAAGUCGAUGCCUGUCAGCAGGCAGAAGACAUGUGCCCUCAAAAUUCGGAGUGUCCACGUUAAGGAGGAAAAGUCUCGAUCUUCCUUUGGUUGGGGUCAUGGUGGCAACAGCAUAAGUUAUAAAGCAAGGUCACUGGGCAGGAACUGCCUUUCCCAGCAUAAAAAUAACCCACGUUUCCCGGUUUCACGGCAAUGUGACUCUUUAGUGAUGAGCAAUAGCAACACUCAUAGCAGAUGUCACCUCAGUCAUGUGCAGAAACGUGACUGUAGCAAUGAAUCUGUUUUAUUAUCUGGGAACAAUUUUCCUUGCAUUCUUGACAAAACAGAUGGUCUGAGCAAAAGUCUGGAAUGCAAUGGCUCUGUCUUAAAUGGGCAUGGGUUUCUGGAAAACAUAACCCAGUCAAAGAAACCAGAAGGAGAAUACAGUCCAAAGGUUCUCAUCAAAACACUGGGACGAUUUGACAGCAACAUAAGGGUGGAGUUUCACAGUGGUGCUGGCAAUAGUAGCAACAACCCAACCUGCCACGAUCCCCCAGGGCCAGUUCAGCUGCUGAGGUACUCCUCUGCUAUGGAAUCGGGUACUGGCAAGCAAAAUGAGCUGCAGAUUGACACCAGUAAAGAAUGUGUAAUGGACCAGGGUCUUCCACUUGAUGAGGAGAGAUUAAAAUCGAGCAAGGGUAGCUCAUUAAGCUCUGAAUAUUCCUGGUCUGAAUUGCAGUGGGGUCACCGUGCAUAUACCAAUGAAUUUGAUAACGCGUACACUACUUUGAGAACUACUGAGACGCGUAAUCACGAAAGCAUUUUACCAAAUGACGAACAACUCUUCCAAAAGUCAUCCCUCUAUUCUCUUCAAGCAAUGUACAGUGACACAGGGGUGGGACAUUGCAUGCCCUCAGAAAAUGAUUUUUCACUUCAUACCAGAAACACAGCAGGCUUAAACACCAGCAAAUUGUUUGAGAAUGACUUUUCCAAAUGCAUUAAUGUGCCAUCUGAUGAGGAAGACCAAGGUCCCGUGCAGUAUUCCUCCUAUACACUCCCGUGUCGAAAACCUAGGCACUUUUCUGAGGAUGGAUCCUCACGAGCUGCCUUAAAAAGUCGAAUGCGGCGCUUAAGUGCGUGGACUGGCAGCCUGACAAGAAAGAAGAGGAAGUUACAGGACUCAAGAUCCAAGGAUGUAAAUGAGUAUUGUGACAGUGGAAUUGAUGGAGUGACUGCAGACAACAGCUCUCCUUCACAGAUCUCGUGCUCAUUGUGGUCCCCAGGCUUCAGCUAUACUUUACCUCCCAGAAGUAACUCCGCCAGUGCAGUGGGCAAUGAUGCCCUGAGACAGAGCAUUUAUGAAAACUUCAUGCGCGAGCUGGAAACGGGUCAUGUAUCUGUGGAUAUCAGGGACCCCUCCACAGGAAGUGAGGAAACCAGCAGCGAUUCCUUCAGCUCUUUAGAGCAGCUGGAUUUGUUGUUUGAAAAAGAACAAGGAUGUGUACGAAAGGCUGGUUGGUUGUCUUUCAAACCUCUUGUUACACAUCAGAAGGAAAGGAAGUUGGAACUCGCACCUCGCAGAAAGUGGCGACAGUAUUGGGUUUCUCUUAAAGGUUGUACUCUCUUAUUUUAUGAGGCCAAUGGGAAAAACUUCAUGGAGCAGAGCAGUGUGCCUAGAUACGCCUUGUUCGCUGAGGAUAGCAUUGUGCAGCCUGUACCUGAACAUCCCAAGAAAGAGAAUGUGUUCUGUCUUAGUAAUGCCUUCGGGGAUGUUGUCCUAUUUCAGGCUACAAGCCAAACUGAUCUUGAAAAUUGGAUAACAGCAAUACACUCUGCGUGUGCAUCGGUGUUUGCAAAGCAGCAUGGCAAGGAAGAUACUGUCAAGCUAUUAAAAAAUGAAACUAAAAGCUUAAUGCAAAAAAUUGAUAUGGAUGGAAAAAUGAAGAAAAUGGCAGAGUUGCAGCUGUCCAUUGUAAAUGAUCCCAAAAACAGGAAGGCAAUUGAAAAUCAGAUCCAGCAGUGGGAGCAGAACCUGGAGAAGUUUAAUGUGGAUCUGUUUCGGAUGCGCUGUUACCUGGCCAGCCUACAGGGAGGUGAACUGCCUAAUCCCAAGAGUCUCCUUGCAGCAGCCAGCCGGCCUUCCAAGCUGGCACUAAGCAGGCUGGGCAUCUUCUCUGUCUCUUCAUUUCAUGCUCUGAAUUGUUCCAGAGAUGAAGCGACACUCAGGAAAAGAACACUGUCCCUGUCUCAGCGAAUAAGAAGUAAAAAGGGUAUAUUUUCUUCGUUAAAGGGAUUGGAUGAUCUGGGAAGAAAAGGGAAGGAAAAGCGACCAUCAAUUAUGCAGCCCGAGCCUGAUGGAUCUUUGAGUGUCCACUUUCCAGCGUCAGCCUGGGACUGUCCUUCAGAGAGUACUGCUCGCGUCUGCUUCCCUGACAACCAAGCAGCGAUCAUAGCCAUUAAAGCAGAUCAGACCGUGGAGGAUGUACUCACUGCGGCUUGCAAGAUGAAACAGCUGAAUCCAGUUCAUUACAAUGUUCGUCUCAGAAGAAUGGUACACAAAAAUAUGGAAUAUUACAUUCCUAAUCGAUUGGACUACAUACAGGACCAGUUGUUUGAUGAAAUAGAAAUUGUCACCAUGAAUAUUUACCAUAUGCAUCUUAAAAGGCAAGGAUCUGAAACUGCUUUUGGUUUCGCUGUGGCUGGUCAAGUAGACGGAAAGCAGCAGCACAAUUCUCUGUUUGUGAGUGACGUGCUUCCUGGUGGACUGGCCGAUAAACAAGGUGCAAGAGUCGGAGAUGAAAUUUUAAUAAUAAACGGAGAAGUGGUUACAAAUCUACACCAUAGAAGUAUUGAAUCCUUGUUUGCAGAAAAUCACUUAAUACUUACUGUCAGGAGAUUUUCUUCAGACUGGAACCAAAGAACAACAGAAAUUAAUGACUCAUUAAUUCAGAUAACUCCACUUCCUCCUGACCAAUCAAAACUGCUGGAGGAGUUUGUUGACAACCAUUUCCUUCCUGACUUCACUAGUGUACCGGCAGUACCAGCUAUUAAAAAAAGUGCCACAACAGACUAUAUGGAGUCGCAGUAUCAGGCUGAAAAUACAGAAGCGUUUCUAAAGAGUGCAGAGCAGGUUAGCACAUUCUGUCGAAGUUUACAUGAACUGCAUCCUACUGAUAUGGCUGGGCAGAAGGAGAGCCUUGAUCAGCCUCUUCGGCCACUGGCACGGCAUCUUUCUGAUGCAGAGAGACUUCGGAAAGUGAUUCAUGAACUGAUAGACACAGAGAAGUCCUAUGUAAAGGAUUUGAGCCGUCUGUUCGAAGUUUAUCUGGAUCCCUUGCAAAAUGAGACCUUCCUUACACAAGAUGAGAUGGAGUCGCUCUUUGGGAGCCUGCCAGAAAUGCUCCAGUUUCAGAAGAUGUUUCUGCAGACACUUGAGGAUGGUAUUGCCUUAUCACCUGACUUCAACAAGCUAGAGACUCCAUCCCAAUUUAAAAAACUCUUGUUUUCCCUGGGUGGUUCAUUCUUGUAUUAUGCUGAUCACUUCAAACUUUACAGUGGUUUUUGUGCAAACCACAGAAAGGCCCAGAAAGUUUUGGAAAGAGCUAAAACUGACAAAGCCUUUAAAGAAUUUUUGGAUGCACGAAAUCCAACAAAGCAACAUUCUUUUACCUUGGAAUCUUAUCUAAUUAAGCCUGUGCAGAGAGUUUUGAAAUAUCCGUUACUACUGAAAGAGCUAGUAUCUCUAACUGAUGCAGAGAGUGAAGAGCACUAUCAUCUAACAGAAACACUGAAGGCAAUGGAGAAAGUUGCUAGUCACAUCAAUGAGAUGCAGAAAAUCUAUGAGGAUUAUGGAACUGUCUUUGAUCAGCUGAUUGCAGAACAGCCUGGAACGAAGAAAGAGGUCACAGAACUUUCAAUGGGAGAGCUUUUGUUGUACUCUUCUGUAAUUUGGUUAAACCCUUUCCCAUCUCUGAAUCGAAUGAGAAAAGAUCCUGAACUGACUGUAUUUGUUUUUAGACGAGCCAUCAUAUUGGUCUACAAGGAAAUUUACAAGCUUAAGAAAAAAACAGGAACAGUACCACGUUCCACUUGUAUCUAUGGUGAUACUGAUCAGUUUAAAUUCAAAUGGCUGAUUCCACUAUCAGCUCUUCAGGUCCGGAUGGGAAAUGCUGCAGGGACAGAUACUAACUGCAUCUGGGAAUUAAUCCACACCAAAUCUGAAAUAGAAGGACGACCUGAAACAAUAUUUCAACUAUGUAGCAGUGAUCCUGAGAGUAAAACAAAUAUCAUUAAAGUGAUACGUUCAAUUCUGAGGGAAAAUGUUCGUCGGCAUAUGACCAAGUCAGAAGGACCACUUGAAAAAUUUAACAGAGAACAUUUGAUUCCUCUAAGAAACAGAGUGCCAUCCUCUGCCAAAAUUGCUUCAAAUCGAGCAUCAAGGUUAGCCAAACGUUCCCCGGCUAUUUGGUGUCAGGAUUCUGAGAGACGCAACACUGAUUCAGAUGAAUGUAGCCUGAGCAGUGGAACUUUAAGCAGUGGCUGCCAUACCUCAGAGAGUGGCCUGGAACACAGCAGUCUAUCAUGCACAAAGAGGGAACACAGUGCCCAGGAAGGUGAAGUAAAGGAAUCAGACAUUUUAAGUGAUGAAGAUGACUUGUGUGAAUCCAAGAAUGAGUCUUCAACAAAUGAAAUUGAGGUACAAUUUGAAAAAAUGCAGAUUGAUACUAAAGCUGCCUUGGAGCAGCUAUCAAGUCAACAAAAAGAGGUAGAACAAACAGAUCAUCUUGGGUUAACGCGAGGUCACUUUUGUCCCAUCAAAAGAAAAAGUACAAGUACAAAGAAGAACAAAGGGGAUCUGUUAGUGAUGCAUAAGCAUAACCGAUCUCUGGAUAGUCAAUCUGAUGGGCAAAAUAUUGAUUUGAAUUCUGUGCUGGAGAGGGAAUUUAGCAUACAGAGCCUGACUUCUGUAGUUAAUGAAGAUUGCUUUUAUGAAAACAUUGAAAGUAAUGGGAAGCCUUAGUUUGUAGGAAGCAGUGCCCAAUUCAGGCUUUGGAGUUUACCAGAAAUUGAAGUUAGUUUAUUUUGUCUUUUCUUCAGACAAGUUGUGCUGUUUUGUCCAGUUGAUUUUAAGAUUAAAGACUUGAGAAGCAUAAUAAAGGAAAGCAAUGUUUAGUUUGUCUUAAUGCCAUCUGCACUAAGACCACGAUCAGCCUCAAAUGUAGAUGUUUAAAACAUUUUCGUUCAAGAAAAUAUUAAGUACAGAAGUCAAUUAUUUAUUAUCCAUUAUGGAUAAUAAAGUUGUUUGGUUUCUAUAAGACACUAGUUUUAUAUGUAGAUUUGCAAAUAAGGCAGGUAUUGAACACCAAAAGUAAUAUUUUCAAUAAAAGUAAAAUUGCUUAUUUUAAUAAUAGGCUGUAAAUCUUAAUUUUAUUUAUAGAUGGAAAAUAAUGGUUUACAUUAGCACCAGAAUUAUCAAAGGAAUUUGUUCCAUUGUGUCUUGUUUUAAGUUUCUAAAUAUGGUAUGUGUGUCUUUUGUUUAAUCAAUUUUGGCAAAGUUAUCCUUUGGUAGCCUAACACAGGGCUCCACUUAUUUAACAUUAUGUUCAGCACUCCAGGCUUUAGUAAGAUAUAUGCCUCUUAAUGCUAGCAUUCUUCUAUUUAGGCAUCUUAAUUUCUUUUGUCUAUAAAAACUGGAGGUUGUGUAUAUUGUAAUUUUACACACUGCAUUGUAAUAUUGGUUUUAAUGGGUUAUAUUUUAUAUUCUGGUGAAUGACUACUUGACAUUAAACAUGCAGGAAGUACUUCAAUGUUAAAUAAAUAUGCAUAUUGUAUUCAAGAAGCUCUCUAAUUCAUUUCCUUUCGAUGUCUUUAAAACAAAAUAUUAUUGUCAAAACACAUUAUACCCACAUGUUUAGAUCCAAUUAAAAAGAUAAGUUGAUUAUCUGCCAUGGUCAGUCAUUUGGAUCAAGUGUCUUUUUUAAAACCUCAGCUUGCAAACCAGUUUAUCAUUUCAGUGCUUUACCAUGAGGGAAAAACUCAUGGAAUGCACAUGAGAUUAAAAAGGUGUAUUAUUUAAAUUAAAAAAACACACACAAGGGCAUUAACUGCCAAUCACUUUUACCAGAUUCUUUCCUGUCAUAAAAACCUAGGACGAAAGCUCCUGUCGAAGGGUCUCAGCCCUAAACGGCGACAGCACUUCUCCCUAUAGAUGCUGUGUUCCACCAGCAUUUUGUGUGUGUGUUGUUGACCAAAGCUAUUGUUAAUUUUCAGUACCUGCACUUCAAAGGCCCGAUGUCCAAUG